AUGUUAAAAAAGCCUUUUGGAAGAUUCAAAGGGAUGACAAUAGCAAAAAUGAGCUCUUGGAGACCAAGAUAUUAUGAUAUAGGAGUUAAUUUUUCUGAUCCAAUGUUUCAAGGUUAUUAUAACAAUUCUUCAACAGCGAAGCAUAAUCCCGAUCUAGAUGAAGUCAUCCAAAGAGCAAAAUGCUUCAACGUUGAUAAGAUUCUAAUAACUGCAUCUACAAUCAAGGAAAGUGAAGAGCAUUUCGAGUUGUGUGAAAGAUAUGGCAAUUCUUUUGGAUCGACCGUUGGUGUACAUCCAUGUACGGUAGCACAAGAGUUUUUUGUCAAAGAUGAAGAAAAAAAUGAAUAUACCAACGCUUUAAUACCUAAUAUCGAUGAGAAAUUAUCCAUUUUGAAGAAAGUGGCUUUAUCUGGUCAGAAAAGUGGUUAUGUAAAGGCAUUUGGCGAAAUAGGGUUAGAUUAUGAUAGACUUCACUACUCCACGAAAGAACAACAAAUUUCAAUGUUUAAAAGGCAAUUAGAAGUAUACCGAUCUCUUGAGAACCAAAAUCUUCCAUUAUUUUUGCAUAUGAGGAACGCUUGUCUGGAUUUUAUUGAUAUUAUUGGACCAUUUAUUGACAGAGGUGAAAUCAAAAAAGGAAAUGGCGUUGUGCAUUCAUUCACAGGCACCCAAGAGGAUUUAGAAAGAUUACUUGAAUUGGGUUUUUUUAUUGGAAUAAAUGGUUGCUCUUUGAAGACUGAUGAAAAUUUAAAAGUGGCGUCUCUUAUUCCUAAGGAAAAGCUUAUGAUAGAAACUGAUGCAGCUUGGUGUGAAAUUAGGAAGAGUCAUGCUGGAUAUAAGUAUAUCACUUCGUAUCCCAAUAAAUUCUAUCCUGAGAUACCAGAAGAGUCUCCUGAGUAUGGAAAUCAAAUCAGUGGGAAUAAAGAACAGCUGUCGGCAAAGCAAGGUCGGAGUCCUCAAGUGAAAAUGGAUGAAUUCUUGCCAUUUCCAUCCAUCAAGAAAGAAAAUUUCAACAAGCAUCUCUCAUUUAUAAAUAGCUUGAUGCAGAAAGAGGGACCGAAAAAAUUAAAUACCUCUGUUGGGAUAUUUUCUCACCCUUUGAUCAAAUCAAGGAACGAGCCUGUGUUUGUCGGAUAUGUCGCUGAAAUAAUGUGCCAUCUAUAUGGCAUCCAAGAUGAAAAGGAUAUAGAAGAAUUCAUCGACUUGGUCUUCGAAAACAGUCUUCGUUUAUUCGGCUAG